AUGUUUCAUCAGCCAUUUUAUUCCCAAUCACAACAACAACAUCAAACAGCAUUUCAUAAUAAUCAUGGAACAAAUCAUUUCUUUAUGCCAAAUAAUUCAUCUUAUUAUCAUUCAGGUCCUAUACCAAAUCAAAGUAGUCAUCAUGUAAAUUUUAGUCGGACUUUUGAUUAUUUUCCUAAGCCGUCUAAUGGUUUUAAUUCAAUGGGAACAGGUCCAUAUUAUUUUAAUGAUUUAACAAAUCAACAACAAUGGAAACCAAAUAUGACAAGAAAUCAACAACAGUAUCAUCAUAUACCAGCAUAUCAUUUUCAAGAUAAAUCAACAUAUUAUUAUAUGUCUGAACCAAUUAUUACUAGUAAUAAUCGUAUUACUAUUCAAUUAACAAAAGUUCAUAUUGGAAAAAAUGGUGAUCAACAACGUGUAUUUGUUGAACAAGAAUUUAGUAAUCAAAAUGAAUUAAAAAAAUUUAUUAAAAAUUUAAAAAAUAAUUUUGAAAAAACAUUUAAUAAUGGUGCUACAGGUGUUUAUAAUAACAAUGAAAAUGUUAAUGAAAAUCAGAAUAUAAAUAAUAAAAAAUCUGGUGUUAUUGUUAUUGAAGAACCAGAUGAAGAACCAAAAAUUUAUGAACAAAAUGUUUAUAAUGAAAAUAUUAAUUCAAAACAAAAACCUUCAGAAAUCAAUUAUCCAUUAGUUAAUAUAUCACAAUCAACUAAUCAUGAACAAUAUCAACGAUCAAAAACUAUAUCAUCAAAUUCAACAAUUUGUUUAAAUCAAAAUCGAAAAACUAAAAUGAAAUAUAAUCAAAAAAAUUUCGAUAAUAAUUUAAAUAAAAAUGAAAAAAAACAAAAUCAAAAAUCAUUUAAUUAUUAUCGUCAUCAUUAUGAAUUACCACCAAGAUUUCAACAACAAAUUUUUAAUAAAGAAAAUUUUUUUCGAAUGACAAAUGAUUUUGAUAUUCCACAAAAAUUUAAUAUUCAUUGGAAAUUCAAUAAAUAUCAACAUCCAACACAUAAUCAACCACCAUAUUCAUAUGUUUUACCAAUGAAUGAAAAUCUUCCUCCAUCAACUCCAUCAAUUUUUCAUCAUAAAAAAGAUUCAUAUCAUCAUCCAUCAACACCAUCACAUUUUAUUCAUCAAAAUGAUCAACAUCGACCUCAACCAUCUUCUCGAUAUCGUCGUAUAAAAAAAAAUCGACGAAAUCAACCAAAAACAAUAAUUGAAAAUAUUCAUUUAACAAAUAAUACACAACAACAAACACGUGUUCAUCGUUCAAAAUCUGAAUGUCAACCAAAAAUUUCAUUUCAAAAUCAAUUUAAAAGACAACAAUAUCUUGAUUAUAGAUUAAAUCAAAAUCAACGACAAUUUUUACCAUGUUUACAAUCUCGUACACCUAUAUAUUAUCCUCAAAGACGAUUAUUUCGAAAUACACAAAUAUAUAUUCAUGUUUUUAAUCCUUAUUAUCGUUCGAAUAUAAUUCGUUUUUAA